AUGACUCGCAACCGUGCGCGAACCAAGUCCCAGCUGGGGAACAGGGCAUCAUCGUCUAGACGUCGUUGCAGGCGCUGGCGCAACCCUCUCGUGUGGUACAUCACAGGCGACAUUGGGUCACUACACCCGCUGCCCGAGAACGCGUGCGGGAGCAGCAUCCCUGAGUCCGAACUGCAGCACUUUCGUGUCCUCCGUCUCCGAGGCCGCGAUCGGCGAUUCAGCUUCGAGUGGUUCGGCGAGUAUUUCGACUUUCAGAACGUCAGCGACCUGAUGCAGAGCGCGCGGUUGGGGGUUCUGCAGUGGCAGCUUAUCCUUGAUCGUCUCGACUCCUCGCCGCAGGGGACGUUGGAGGUGCGGAUUCUGCGCGCAGUUGAUGCCUGCCAUAUUAUGCCCAGAGAAGAAUUCUUCUUUUGGGUGUUUCCUGAGAACCGAUAUCUUUUUCGACUUGUCUUUGUCGAUGGGCCUGAGGGGUUUGAGAAGAGUAGCACGGGUGGCAAGGUUAUCAGGUUUGUGGAUAGAUUUAAUCAGUCCGCUGCCACGUAG